GUCGGUGGUUGCCGGUGCCGUCCGGCCCCCGGGCGGGAGGGUCGAGGGGGGUUGAGCAUGAACAUGGCAGAAGGGGACACCCUGAUAUCAGUGGAUUAUGAGGUUUUUGGGAAGGUGCAAGGGGUGUUUUUCCGCAAGUACACGCAGGCUGAGAGUAAAAGGCUGGGAUUGGUAGGCUGGGUCCAGAACACAGACCAGGGCACAGUGCAAGGACAAUUGCAAGGUCCCAUCUCCAAAGUGCGUCAUAUGCAGGAAUGGCUUGAGACAAAAGGAAGUCCCAAAUCACACAUUGACAGAGCAAACUUCAACAAUGAGAAAGUCAUCGUGAAGUUGGAUUACUCAGAUUUCCAAAUUGUAAAAUAAUGCCCUGAAUUCAGAUUUUCCAAGAGAAACUCAGAGGUUUUGCUUUUAUUGUUAACAGAGAUAGAAUUAUUCUGAGUAAUAUUAGAAUUUGUCAGUAAGUUAUUUUAGUUUCAGA